GCUACUACUCCUAGUCCUAGUACAGGCUACAGAGGCAGAGCGAGCAAAACUGCCUGUACAUAGCAACCAUCAACGACGACCGAUCCAAGUAGUGAGCAUUAGUGGAUCUACUACGUACAUAUAUAGAAGGAAACAGCUGCAGCUCUCUCUCUCGCUGUUUCCUGCGUGAUCUGCUUGUGUAGCUACUAGCUAGCUAGCGGAGCGGAACCACCCAUGGGCUGCGAGGAGGAAGAGAGGCUGCUGUUCCCGUCCUUCGUCUUUCCCGAGAGCUUCGCGGAGGCCGCCACCCCCGGCUCCGGUGGUGAGCAGAAGAAGGCUCGGCAGCGUCGGAGGCGCAAGCCGCGGCCGGCGGAGGGCGGCGAGGGCGCGGACGAGCAGGCCAGGAAGCGGCGGCUGAGCGACGACCAGGCGCGGUUCCUGGAGCUCAGCUUCAGGAAGGAGCGCAAGCUGGAGACGCCCCGCAAGGUGCAGCUGGCCGCCGAGCUGGGCCUCGACGCCAAGCAGGUGGCCGUCUGGUUCCAGAACCGCCGCGCCCGCCACAAGAGCAAGCUCAUGGAGGAGGAGUUCUCCAAGCUCCGCGCCGCGCACGACGCCGUCGUCCUCCACAACUGCCACCUCGAGACCGAGCUGCUGAAGAUGAAGGACAGGCUGGCGGAGGUGGAGGAGGAGAAGACGAAGCUCGUCGCGGCGGCGGCGGCGGCGGCCGGCGGCGCAGCGGGCGCAGGGAGCAGCAGCCCGAGCUCGUCGUCGUUCUCGACGGUGACGCACCACCCGGCCGCGGCGCUGCAGGUGGGGCAGUUCGGGGUGGAGCCGGAGGAGGCCGCCGACCUCGCCUACAUGACCGAGUACGCCUACAACAGCUACAUGAACAUGAUGGACCUCGCGCCCGCCUACUUCGGUGGAGUCGUCUACGACUACGACCACUUCAACUGAUCCACGAGCAUGCAGGAGGAGGAGGAGGGAAGCUACAAGACGAAGGAAGGAUUGACUGGCCUAUCAGCUAGGUACUAUUUUCGUGUUAAUGGAUGGAUGGACCGAUUUGCAGGGCGCGCGUAGCAGUAGUAGCAAUCAAGGUCACUAGUAUAGUCUGUCAGUACGACGACGUCGAUCAGUCAAUGUCUCCUGACGAUAAUUAUUAAGUCGAUCUAUUCAGUAGUAACUUGUUAAGCCAUGUAGAUUAGUAGCAGCUGGUAAUCUUUGUAAAUGUGUGUGGAUUAUCAUGCAAGUGCGCGCUUAUCAUGAUCGAACCAGUGGUCUCUGCGAUGUAAUAUUGGGGGGAACGGGGGUUAAUCGGAAUCAGAAAAUGCAUGCUUGUAGAUGCUUUAUUUGGUG